CAAACGAAGAAUGAAGACAGCUUGUUUGACCUUUUUACUACUUGGUAUUUGCUCCACAGUUAUGGGGAUGGCGCUUAUUGACGAUGGAACAGGUGCUUCAGAUAUCGGAUCAAGAGUAAGAAGUUUCUUAAUUAGGGAAUAUGUUAAUGGACUGAAAAAUUUGCCUAAAAAUAUAUUUGACAGCUUAAGUGUUAAUGCAAAGAAGUUGGAGGAAGUUAUGGAAAAUAAAGUCGUUAAACCUUUAGCAGGCCAAAUAAGUAGGGACUUCGUUAACGGACCACAAGAAUCACUAACUAAAUCACUAAAUGCAGGAGGAGCUACUGUUAGUGGAAAACCUGAGGCUGAUGGAAAAUCAACUUUAUCAAUAUAAGAUAUAAGAUUUGUACAAAACUAGAAGAAAAAUAAACACAAAUAAUAUUGUUUAAAAA